AUGCAUUCUCGCCCGUCUAGGAAUCGAUCAGAUAAUUCGGAUGAAGAAACAUUGACAAGCGGAAGUGAUGGUAGCAGCUUUUCAAGUCAAUCUGAUACUGAAACGCCAAGUUCCGAUGAUAAGGAUACUGAUCUUAGUUCUACAAACUAUUUCGAACAGCUUUAUGACAACUUAUUCGAAGCUUUGGAUUGCAUCGACCAAAAUGACCAGAUUGACAAAAGUCAAUUGGCUUUUGAUGUUUCAUCAUAUUCCACUUCGUCACGUUCAUCUGUAUCAUCCGACUUUACAUAUUUGGACGAAGUUGAGUCGUUCUUUAACACGAAUGAUACUUUUGCGCAAACGUCGACAUCUGACAUUAUGCUAUUUGACCAACAUCAUAAUGACUUUGGUUCUACAGCGGCGAGAAACAAGAUAUUUGUUGGGUGUAUUCCGUUACACAUCGAUGAAAGUUCAUUGAGAUCUUUUUUUAACAGAAUAGGAUAUUUGGAUCUAGUCCAUGUAAACGGUCCAAAGUUCAAGGUAAGUACUUGGAAUCGAAGAUAG